AUGUCAUUUGAUAGACGUGAAAAAAUACUCCUGAUAUUACAGAAUCUGGAGGAUAUUGGUUAUAAGAAAACAUUUGAAACUUUGGAAGAGGAAAGUGGGAUAUCACUAGAAACACCGCAAGUUAGAAACUUGAAGGAUUCUAUACGUAAGGGUGAUUGGAAUGUUGCGUGUGAUAUUGUACAGGCAUUGAAUCCACCCAAAAAGAUUUUACUCGCUUCUAUAUUUUUGAUACUAGAACAAAGAUAUCUCGAAACUGUGUACAAUUCCGGAUUCGUUCCUGCUUUACCAAUGCUUAAAGAAUUAAGUAAAGCAGCAUUUGACGAUGAAAGUAAGAAGCGAGUCCAUCAAUUAUCAGUCCUCUUAAUAUGUAAAGAUAAAGAUGCCGUGAAAAAUUAUACAAAUUGGGAUAAUAAUACAAAUAGAAACAUAUUGUGGGAUAAGAUUAGGCUGAUCUUUCCUUGUGACAUAUUAUUAUCACCUCAUCGUCUAGAUACAUUAUUAUUACAAGCACGUGAAUUACAAAUAAUUAAUUGCCAACACCAUUGUGACUUACUAUUAAAUACGUCAGUUUGGCCAUUAUUGGAUAAUCAUAAAUGCAGAGAAAAUAUUUUGCCCCAAAAAUGUAUUUCAAGACUAGUUGAACAUACAGACGAAAUUUGGGUUCUAGCAGUUUCUCCAAAUGGAAAUUAUUUUGCAUCUGGUAGUAAAGAUCAAUCAAUCAUACUUUGGCAAUUUUCAUUACCAUUUAGAAAACUUUUUGUAUAUAAAGAACACGUAGAUGCAGUUACAUCUAUUUCCUGGAGUCCAAAUUCUGAAUAUUUAGCUUCAACUUCUAAUGAUGGGAAUUUGCUAAUAUGGAAACCUGAUAAUCCAGAUUCAAUUGCUCGUCUUCCAUCAUUGGUUCUGCCCACCGCUGUUAUAUGGGUUGAUGAUUCAAAUCUAUUAAUUACAGGACUUGAUAAGUUAUUACAGUUAAUCACAUUGGAGAAGUAUAAGUUAAGUGCCACUGGAAACAACCAGUCGAAUAGAUUUACAUUGACCAUCUCUCACAAAUGGAACUUUGGGUGCAGAUUACAGGAUGUUGGAGUUACAUUUAACGGCGAAUUUGCUGUAAUCGUGUGUUUGGAUAGACAAAUUCGAGUUGUUGAUUUGAAAACUAAGAAUUUAUCAUACGUUUUGCCUGAAAAUUCAGCUGUUAGUGCCAUCUGUGUCAGUUCAAAUUCAAAUCAGAUAUUAUUAAGUGUUACAGGUAGCCAACCUGUUGUCCGUCUUUGGGAUUUAGACACCAGGCAUGUUGUUCAAUCGUAUAGAGGCCAUCAAGAGAAUAGAUACGUUGUUAGAGCUGUUCUAGGCGGUCCAAAUGAAAAUUUUGUCAUCAGUGGGAGUGAGGAUUGCCGCAUAUAUAUAUGGUCCAGGAUAUUCGGCACCCUACUGAAAUCUCUUGAAUUGCACUCUGCAACUGUAAACUCUGUCUCCUGGUUAUCUAAAACUAAUGUACCCUAUCUAAUAUCAGCAUCAGAUGACAACACUAUAGGUAUUUGGGCUGCUGAUGUCAAUUGA